AUGAAUAAUUGGUUUACAUCUACUCUUCAAACUGUUCGUGAACAAUCUCUUAAUGCUUUGGAAUUUGUACGUAAAGAUUUAUCAGAAUUUACAACAACGGUUAAAACUGACGCAGAAAAUUAUUUAAAUAAAAUAAAACAACAACCUGUUAGUGAUCUUGGUAUUAAUCAAUUUGUAUCAAAAUUUAGUAAUACUCUUACAUCUGAUAGAAAUAAUAAUAAUAAUGGAAAGCCCAUUGUUCCAUCGGCGUCAUUUGAUCGACUUCAUAAUGAACGAAUUCGAAUACAAAAUGAUGAAUCAACCUAUUUAACUGAUCCAACACCAAUUGAAUCUUAUCAAAGUUGGCGUGAAAAAACUGAUUUUAAUGUUGAUAAACGUAAAGGUGAAAUAGCACAAUUAUUAAUUGAUAUUCCAUAUAUACGUUCAUUUUAUGCACAUUUUGUACCUGCAUGUACAACCCAUAAUGAUUUUUGGUCUCGAUAUUAUUAUCGUAUGUAUAAAUUUGAUGAAGAAGAAACACGACGAUUAAAUUUAUUAAAACGUGCACAUGAAAUAUGUAAUGAAAAUAAUGAAAAUGAUUGGGAUGAACCCAAUGUCGAAUCGACGUCGGAAAUCUUAACGUGCGAAGGAAAAGAUAGUGAUACAAUUUUAGGUGAUACUUGGGAUCGAGAGUUUGAUGAAAUAAAUCUUGUUACAUCUAAUAUCAAUACAAUUCAAUCAAAUCAAUAUAAUGAAACAAUUCCAUGUGAAAAUUCAACAUCGAUAGUAACAAUAGCAACAUCAAAAAAAAUAGAUAAUGAAUUCGAUGAUGAAUGGGAAACAUGGUCUUAA